AGAUGUUGAAGCUCAUCUACAUUUUCAAAACGUGACGCAUUUUGGCCUCAUUACAGCAGUUUCUCUCGUUGUGCGACGAGAUUAGUUACGGAAACUAACAUACCUUGUUAGCUAUCUAGCUAUUCCAGUUUAGAGACUUCGACCUUAUUUUCACCCAUACUGUGACUGGAUCACAAGACACGUAGCUAUUGCAUCGACCAUAAUCUUAUUUACGACAUAUGCAGUCCUGCUAGCAGGAGAAUAUGUUCAACAAGUCGUUUGGGGCUCCCUUUGGGGGAGGGACUGGAGGAUUUGGGACUUCAUCCACAUUUGGGCAACAAAACACAAGCUUUGGGGCGGCAACAGGUGGCUUCGGAGCCUCAGCGUUUGGGGCGACCAACAACACUGGAGGACUCUUUGGGGCAACGCAGAAUAAACCAGUGGUGACAGCCAAUCCUCAGCAAAUCCACACUGGUGCAGGUAGAGGAGGUGGCCUAUUUGGUUCCAGUACAUUCAGCCAGCCCGUGACGUCAUCCACCAGUAGCGGCUUUGGCUUUGGCGCGUCCAGCGGCACGUCCACCAGCCUGUUCGGCAGCACCAACACGGGCGGCGGAGGACUCUUCUCCCAGCAGAGCAAUGCCUUCGGAGCCGCCAAACCAGCCUCCUUUGGCACGUUCGGCACGAGCACGGCCAGCAGUGGGGGGCUGUUUGGGACGACCAACUCCAACCCCUUUGGAGGGGCGUCUACCUCCUUGUUCGGAGCAUCAGGGUUUACCCAGCAGGCUGCCCAGCCAGGCACCACCGUUAAGUUCAACCCUCCAACAGGAAGUGACACCAUGGUGAAAGGGGGUGUGACCGCGAGCAUCAACACCAAGCACCAGUGCAUCACGGCCAUGAAGGAGUAUGAGAACAAAUCACUGGAGGAGCUGAGGUUUGAGGACUACCAGGCAGGGAGGAAGGGACCCACUAACCCUAUGGCUGCACCAACAGGGGGUCUCUUUGGGACUGCAGCCGCAGCCACCCCCAGUACAGGGGCUACAGGGCUGUUCGGCUCCUCAGCCACCAACACAGGCUUCUCCUUCGGCCAGGCCAAAACCUCCUUCGGAACUAGUACGGGUGGCUUUGGUACAGCCACAGGCAGUCUGUUUGGGCAGCAGCAGCCCCAGCAGGCCCAGCAGGCAGCCAGCCUGUUCAAGCCCUUCGGCCAGGCCACAACAACCCCCAACACAGGCUUCUCCUUCGGCAACACCAGCACCAUGGGCCAGCCCCAACAAACCAGCACCAUGGGGGGUCUGUUUGGGGCCACGGCAGCGUCCCAGGCAGGGGGGUUGUUUGGAAACACCGCUCAGACCACACCAGCUACGGGCUUUGGGACGGGCACCGGGCUCUUCGGACAAACCAACACUGCUUUCGGCAACGUCGGCACACAGCAGAGCUUGUUUGGUAAUAAGACGGCAGGGUUUGGUGCCACCACCACCAGCGCCCCGUCGUUUGGCACGGGUACUGGCCUCUUCGGCAACAAACCCGCCCUCACUCUCGGAACAGCUACCAACACAUCCAACUUUGGUUUUGGACCCACCGCUGCUGGCGGAAGCCUCUUUGGGAACAAGACGGCAGCAGGAGGACUAGGGUCCGGGCUGGGAGCCGGCUUUGGAGCAGUAGGCACUGGGCCGAUGUCUCUGUUUGGGAAUAACAAGACGCUGGGUUCCACUCUGGGAACAAUGGGAGGGUUUGGAGUGCAGGGAUUCAGCACAGGAACCAACACUCUAGGCUUCGGAGCGCCACAACAGCCCGUCGCGCUGAUGGACCCUAACGCGGUGGCGGCCCAGCAGGCAGUGCUGCAGCAGCAGAUCAAUGCUCUGGCCUACUCCCCCUUCGGAGACUCCCCCCUCUUCAGAAACCCCCUCUCUGACCCCAAGAAGAAGGAGGAGCGUCUGAAGCCCACCAAUCCGGCGGCCCAGAAGGCGUUGACCACGCCAACUCACUACAAGCUGACACCGCGGCCUGCGACACGUGUGCGGCCCAAAGCUCUGACAUCAUCGGGCUCCUCCAAGUCCCAGCUGUUUGAUGGGUUGGAUGAUGACGAGCCUUCUCUCACCAACGGAGCCUUCAUUCCCAGGAAGAGCAUCAAGAAGCUGGUGCUGAAGAACCUGAAUGGCAGCAGCCUGUACAGCAGCCCAAUCAACAGAGACUCCGACGACCUGUCCUCUCCACCAGAGUACCCCCUCAACGGACUCGGUGCCAGUGUGGACGAGGAUGAUGAUGUGAGGGAGGUGGUGGAGGGAGGAGCCGAGGACCACCUGGAGAUCAACAAGUUCUACACCAAUCCCAUAGCCAAGCCCAUCCCCCAGCCCAGCCUGCAGGACACCAUCUCAGAGCUCAACGCCCAUAGGGUGGGGGCUAGGGGCAGGAACGGGCUGGAGGUGAGCAGCGAGGACAUAUCGCUGGGAGAUGACUCCAUACAGGAGGAGCGAGAGGAAGAGGUGCCCCCCCACCCUGCAGGUAUCGUUCUGGGCCGUGUGGGCUACUACACAAUCCCCGCCAUGGACGAGCUGGCCAAAAUGGUGGACGAAAACGGAGUGUGUGUUGUGGAGAACUUCACCGUGGGCAGAAAAGGUUACGGCUCAGUGUUCUUCCAUGGUGAGGUGAACGUGACGGGGCUGAACCUGGAUGAGAUUGUUCACUUCAGACGUAAAGAGGUCAUAGUCUACCUCGACGACAAGAACAAGCCCGCUGAGGGGGAGGGGCUCAACAGGCGAGCAGAGGUGACUCUGGAUGGGGUGUGGCCUAAUGAUAAGACCACUUGUACUCAGAUAAAGAGCCCUGAGCGUCUGUCUGAGAUUAACUACGAGGGCCGCCUGGAGAACGCCUCACGCAAACAGGGCGCCCGCUUCCUCGAGUACCGCCCCGAGACCGGCUCCUGGGUGUUUGAGGUGGCCCAUUUCUCUAAGUACGGCCUGCACGACUCUGACGAGGAUGAGGACGUCCCUCUCAAAGUGGACCCCAAGAAGCUGAAGACUGCCACAACACUUCCACCAGGGCUGCAGCAGCUGCCUACCUUCCAGCAGCAGGAGGCGCCACAAGCUCAGUCCACAGCAGUGCUGGAGCUGCUGAAUCGUGUGUCGGAGGUGGACAGUGAUAUGGCUGACAUUACCCAGGAUGCCCCAGGCGAGAGCAUUUUGGGGGGUGAGGAAGGGGAGAGUGUCAUGGGGGAGGAGAAGGGAAGUCGGCUGGGGACUGUGACCCCUGUGGAACACGACUCUGUCUCAGCGUCCAGUCAGAUCGCCUCCUCGCUGGGGAUCAACCCUCACACACUACAGAUCAUGAAGGCAUCCCUGUUUGCUGAGGAUGAUGAUGAUAUGUUCCAGGAGCAGGGAGGGAUGAAAAGUUCUCUAGACGUGACCUCUCCUCACAUCCACCUGCCUGGCACGCAGGGCAGGCCCUCCAUUGGUGGUCUCCUGCAGACUCGUUUCAGCGGUACAGGUCUCUUCUUUCAGCACCAUGACGUGCCCUUCGGUGGGGGCCUUCCCGGGAGGCAGUCCAUGUCUCGGGCGUCGCCGGCGGUGCCUGAUCCCUCGCGGGUCUCCCCCUGGCCCUCCUUCCUGUUGCCGGCCCCAACGGCCGAGGCCACUGUACGGACGGUGGGGGCUCGACGCCUGGGGGGACCUGUGGACCUAGAGAACUCAGUCACACUGGGGAAGGGCCGUCUGCUGAUGGAUGCAGCUUUGUUCACGGGCCGGUCGUUUCGGGUGGGCUGGGGUCCUGGCUGGACUCUGGUCCACUGUGGAGACGGGCUGAGUGGGGCCGGGGACAAGGAGCAGGACCACGGAGACACAGGAGCUGGAGGCUUUGGAUUCCUGCCCAAACCUGCCAAGAGCAAACCACUGUCAGACAGUCCGUUCAAGGUGGUGAUCGAGCAGGUGGUUGGUCUGGAGCCGCGGGACAGCGAGGAGAGCCAGGCGGUGGACCAGCGGCCCCUGGAGAUCGGCCUGAAGCACAGCAGCAUCAGUACAGAGGGGGUCUGCCCCUUCAUCCAGCCCCAGAGCGGUGUGGCGGCCCUGCACGAGUACGCAGAGUGGAUUACUGACUUAAACCAGGAGGCUGGCGCUGGAGAUGCAGUCCUGGGUCACUGGGCUCAGGUGUGGACUUUGUGUGAGGCCCUGUGGGGCCGACUGGGUUCGGCAGAAACUGAGCCAGAGCCUGGUACCAGUGGCUACCUGCAGCGGCUGGAGAGGAGAAGGAGCUUCUCAGCCUGGCUGUCCCACAGCGCCACCCAGAGGAUCGAGCAGGAGGUGGGCUUGAACCAGGGGGGAGGAAACGUGGAGGCCAUCUUCAGCUACCUGACUGGACACGGCAUCAGUGACGCCUGCAGGCUGGCUCAGAAGAGUGGGGACCACCGUCUCUCUCUGCUGCUGUCCCAGGCGGUGGGCUCUCAGUACGGCCGGGAGCUGCUGGCGCUGCAGCUUAGUGACUGGAACAGGAUGCAGACAGACUCCUUCCUGCCAGAGGAGAGGCUACGCAUCUUUGCCCUUCUCGCUGGGAAACCUGUGUGGCAGUCUACAGACUGUGUGGUGAACGUGUGUUCAGAGCUGGACUGGAAGCGUUGUGUGGCGGUCCACCUGUGGUACGUGCUGCCUCCCACUGCCUCCAUCGCUGACGCCCUGGCCAAGUACGAGGCUGCCUUCCAGGGCUCUGCUAAGGGUCAGAAGUACGCCUGCGCCCCCCUGCCCCCCUACCUUGACCAAUCAGACCAGCUGGACAUGGAGGAGGAAGAGUCUAAACGGCCGCUUUACGAUAUCUGCUUCCACCUGCUCAAACUCUACAGCGACAGGCACUACAGCCUGCAGCAGUUGUUGGACCCCCUGACGGUGACGUGGAAGCGUCUGGACUACCGUCUGAGCUGGCACCUGUGGUCGGUCCUGCAGGCGCUGCACUACACACACCUCAGCCCCGCCCGACAGGGCCUCAUACACACCAGCUACGCUGCCCAGCUGGAGAGUGCUGGCCUCUGGGACAUGGCCAUCUACGUACUGCUGCACAUACCUGACAACGCGCUGCGUGAGCAUGCGGUGAGGGAGAUGCUGCAGCUGCACUGCCCCCUGCUGGAGACGGAGGAGUCUGCCCAGAAGGAGCACUUCCUCACAGAGAGACUACUGAUCCCAGAACAGUGGCUCCACCAGGCCAAGGCUACCAGAGCCAGAAGAGACGCAGACAGACACGGAGAGGCACUUCACCUGUACAGAGCAGGACACUGGAACCUCUGCCACAGUCUGGUCAUACAGCACCUUGCCUCAGAGUGUAUAAUUAAUGAUAACCAUGAGUACCUCUUGGAGUUCCUGGAGGGGCUUGCGGUUCCUGAGUGCAGUGCUGUGAUCCAGGACUGGGAUACGGCAGGCAGAGUCUACCUGGACUACAUCAGAGUCAUGCAGACCCUACACGCCAUACAACAGAUGGACAGUGUUGGUUAUGAGCUGGAGCGUCUACACACUGAGGUGACGUCUCUCUGCAGCAGGAUAGAGCUCCUCCCCUGCUCCACCGCCAAGGACCGCCUUGCCCAAUCAGAGAUGGCCAAGCGUGUGGCUAACAUCCUGCGUGUGGUGUUGAGUCUGCAGCAGGGUGGUGAGGGUGGCGUGAUCCCCUUGUCCCAGCUAGCGCCCCACAUCGGCCGUCUGCCCAUGCCCGAGGACUAUGCUGUCGAGGAGCUCCGCAGCCUCACCCAAUCAUACCUGAGACAGCUCAUUGUCAGCUAAUGAUCUGCCCCGAACCCACAGCCCCCCGCCCAAUAGCAACUGAGGUAGUUUGUUUGAAGCCAAUGAGAACAGUGGGAGUAGGAGGGGACUAUCUGGGACUGUUUAGUAGGACUACUGGGGUUUGUUUGAGAAUGCAGCGAUGGACUUGCAGCGUGCUCCUUUGGUGCUUUGGUUUCUCCUGAAGAAAAUGGUACAAGAUUAUUGGAUGAAGCAUUCCUCAGUGUGUGUUUGUGUGGAAAUGAAUGACUUGUACGUUUUUUAUUUCAUUAUGUUUUUGUAUAGCUUUGUUGUACUUAGAGGCCUAAAACGCUUGUUUGUGUAAGAUGUGUGUUUAAAUAUUGAACUGCUGAACCCUCCUGAUACUCUCCUUUCCCAAACUUUGACCCUGUUUAAAGGGACAAUCUCAUUGACUGGUGUGUGUAACGCCCUGCAAUUAAUCUGUUUUCAGUAUAAAUGCAUUCUGCAAACUGUGUUUGUUUGACUCUUACAUCCAUCCCCAUGUAAACAUAAAGGUCAUUAUAGUAAGAUUGUUUACAAUUUUGUUAGGGAGAUGUCAGGGAUGAACUGUCAAUAUGUGUAUACAUAGGGAAGAUCUAUCUAGCUUAAAAUGGAGGAGACUCAUUUUAGUGAUGUAAUAUUGUACAAAUAGCAGGCUUGAAAUCAACAAUUGUUUUUGAAUGCCAAAACAGAUCUUGAGAAAAUGUAAAAUGAGAAUGGAUAAACAUAUAUUUUUGUAGUUUUCUUUUGUAUUUUGGGUGAAACCCAGAGUAUGUGAGUGUAUUCGAAUGGAAAGAUAGAGAAUGGAAUCUAACUAGCACUUCAUCACAAAUAUAUGGUUUCAGAUUUCUAUUUUAUGGGAGCUAUGUUUGUAAAAAAAAAAAAAAAAUUUUUUUUUUUUGUAAUCAGCCAUCCAACAAUUGUUUGUUUUAAUGAGUCAAUCCAUUUUCUCUGUGGUCUUUGCAAGGAGUCUGUUUGAAAUAUAUCAUAUUAUAAUUUACAAUUCCUUGGUGUACUUGGUCUUACCUUCACUAACACAGCUUCCAUUCUCAUCCUUUGUUCCCCCUUAACCUCCAGUUUUCUGUAUUUUGAUUUUUCAAGAGAAAUGUAUGUACUUAUUGAUUGUUGUGCUGCUGCCGCAGUAUAUUUUGGGCGGGAGACCGCUGCCCUCGCGCACAGUGCUUUUUACGAGGAGGGUCUCCGGACUUUUGUUGCCGCCGUUGCUCUGUGCACGAUUGUGAUGAUGGUGAUGAUAACGUUUUUAUUAGUCUGAAUAAAAUGCAUUCUAUUUUGUCAAGAAUUGUAUUAAACAAUUAUGCUCAAUACUA